AUGAGAAUUAUGAGAAUAUAGAAUUAAAAAAGGAAGAAAAAGAGAGAGAAAUUGAAAAAAUCCAGCAUAGUUGUCUUAGGCAGCACGUUUCUUACCCAAACACCAUUCUCUCUCUCUCUCUAUAUUAGGCCUCCUCUGGGUCUGAGGCUAUGGUUUUUCUUCUACCUCUCUUUUCCCAAAUCCUCCCCCGAUCUCCAAUUCUCUAGAAACUAUAGCCAAAAUCAUGGCAAACAGCAAGUUUCCGAUCAUGGAUCAGCCGGAGGAGGACCACAUAGAGCUGCCGCCGGGGUUCCGAUUCCACCCCACCGACGAGGAGCUCAUAACCCACUACCUCUCCCCCAAGGUCGUCAACAGCGCCUUCACGGCCAUAGCCAUCGGAGAGGCGGAUUUGAACAAAUCCGAGCCCUGGGAUUUACCCGGGAGGGCGAAAAUGGGGGAGAAGGAAUGGUAUUUUUUCUGCGUGAAGGACAGGAAGUAUCCGACGGGGCUGAGGACCAACAGGGCCACCGAAUCUGGCUACUGGAAGGCCACCGGCAAAGAUAAGGAGAUCUUUAGAGGGAAGAGAGUUGUGGGUAUGAAGAAAACUUUGGUCUUUUACAAAGGAAGAGCCCCAAAAGGGGAGAAAUCCAAUUGGGUGAUGCAUGAGUACCGUUUGGAAGGCAAACAUUCGGUUUCUCAUCAUCUUAUCAAACCCACUAAGAAUGAAUGGGUGAUCUGCCGAAUCUUCAACAAGAGCUCCGGCGACAAAAGAACGCACAUCUCCGAGCUGGUGUCACUAAAGCCCUUCGAGACGGACCGGAACUCCGCCGCGCUGCCGCCAUUUGCAUGA